GAAUCACAUCAUAAGCGGUCCGCUAGGGCGGUGAGUUCUCUAUCUUUUCUGUCUUGAUCGUCCUUCGUUUCGCUCAUGUAACGCGGGAAUCGCCGGAGUUGCUUGUUAUGGAAGGCUGAAUACACUCGGAGAGGCAUCGGACCGCAAAGCAAUAGGAACCAGUGUUGUUACUUUGCGGAGAUGCUCCUUGCUUCUUCGUCGUCCAUCUCCCAUCUACGAUCCGACUGACAACACUGCAGUGUUGUCGACAAAUUAUAACUGCCAUCUAAUUCGAUCAUGUCAGUUGCUUCCUCAAUUAUGUUAUUGACAAAGUAGCAUCAAAUUAAGGAUCAUGGCUAAGCACCAUCCCGAUCUUAUUAUGUGCCGGAAGCAGCCAGGAAUUGCCAUUGGCCACCUGUGCGAGAAGUGUGAUGGCAAGUGUGUCAUCUGCGAUUCAUAUGUGCGACCAUGCACACUUGUACGUGUCUGCGAUGAGUGCAAUUAUGGUUCUUUCCAGAGCAGGUGUGUCAUCUGUGGGGGUGUUGGCAUAUCCGAUGCAUACUACUGCAAGGAGUGCACUCAGCAAGAGAAGGAUCGCGAUGGCUGCCCCAAGAUAGUUAAUCUAGGCAGUGCCAAGACGGAUCUCUUCUACGAGCGGAAAAAGUAUGGCUUCAAAAAAAGAUGAAGAGAACAAAGUUUUCAUGCCUGAUCCUCUUAAGAACAUCUUGUAUCCUAAUUAUGCUUUUGAGAUCUAAGAUUUUACAUUGUUCAUGCUUUCCGUUAGGCCAUAGUAACAUGAAACACAUUAUUAGAUUUGGUGAAGCAAACUGUCUGUAGGCAUCCAAACGAAUGUAAUUUGGUUGUAGUGUUGCAUGGCUCCAAACGGUGGUAGUCACAUCCGCUAGUUUUAGCAUGAUCCUAAGCAUUUGUUUUUAUUAGGAUGUGAACUGACCCUUGAAUUUUAGAAGCAACCAGUCGGUCUAUGUUCUCCUUGCUGCA